CGCGCUCUCUUUCGAAUCGAAAUGAAGAAAAAAACCCCACCUCAUCCCGCCCACACCGCCGCCCCAAAUACCUAAACCCUCGCCGCCGGCGAUCUCGACGGGUCCAUGUCGCGCUGGAAGGAAAACAUUUAUCCUGCUCCGCCCCACUACGGCAGCUCUUCCAACCCCUCCCGACUGCUCCCUUGCAAGCGGCCGCUGCAGUCUCCAUGCCCGCCGCCCCGCCGGCCGCUCGCCGAUGUCACGGGCAACGCCCUGCAGCAGCCCGGAUCCGCAGGCGGCGUGGAGGGCAUCGAUUACGGGUACAUCACUCCCCUCCCCAAGGUGCCCAAGUCUUGCGGGUUCCUUCUAGAGGACGACGACAUGGACGAGGCGUUCUUGCUUGAGGUGGACGCCAUCUGCGAGGAGCACUCGCGGUCCAUGGCCGGGAAGGAUAAGGGCAGGGAGAAAGAUUUGACGGUGGAGCGAGGGCCAGUCGUUGUGGCGGCAGCAACCCACGCCGGACCAGUGUGCGGAACGCUUGAGGACGCAUUCUGGACGGAGGCGUAUGCCAUUUUUGAGGAGUGUGAUGCUCAGCGUGCUGCCAAGAGCCAGGAUGAGGAGCUGAAGGAGAUGGUGGAAGUGGAAAGCUCGGUGCUGUCCUGUGGUGAUGAUUCGCUUCUUCCUGCUAUAUCCAUCGCAGAUGACUGUGUUAAGUUGGAGGACACUUUCUGGGAAGUCAAUUCCAUCAGCAAGGAGCACCAUGUCGCAUCUUCCGAGAUGAACCAGGAGCACUACGUCGCAUCUUCGGCGAUCAACCAGGAUGAGAUAGACGAGAUGUACGUAGAAGAUGGCUCAGUAGCAUUAUGUGUUGAUUUCCCUCCAGUAAUUUCCAUUGCGGAGGCGGGAGGAGAGGUUGUUGAUGCACUCUUGGGGGAGGUCGAUGUCAUCCAUGAGGGGCAGGUUGCCAUGUCUGCUGCCAAGGGCAAGGAGGAGCCUGGGGAGAUGGGACUAGAAAUGGAGGAAAAUGAAGGGUGUGCCCCAAGGAAGUACUAUGAGUAUUUGCACUCCCUAAACGACAAGCAGAGGGAGGCUGCAUGCAGUGAUGUUGCUGUUCCGUUAAUGAUCGUUGCAGGUCCAGGAAGUGGAAAGACUUCUACAAUGGUCGGCAGGGUUCUCACAUUGCUCAAAGAGGGAAUUCCACCAUCAAACAUCCUUGCUAUGACAUUCACAACUGCUGCUGCCUCAGAAAUGAGGGACCGGAUAGGGGCAGUGGUCGGGAAGGCAGUUGCCAAAGAGAUCAUAAUAAGCACAUUUCACUCCUUCUGCUUGCAGCUUUGCAGGACCCAUGCUGAAAAGCUAGGCCGCACAUCUGAAUUCAUAAUAUAUGGCCAUGGGCAACAAAGGAGGGCCAUUAUUGAGGCAGAACGCCUGUUGGAGCAUGGCAAAAGUGAUGGUUUAGGAGAUGCAGUUAAGCAGCAGUAUGAUGGAGACAUUAAACAUUCUUUUAAAGACAAAGCUAAGAAGUGGUUGAAGUUUGUUACACAGGCGAAAUCUUCAGGACAAACUCCUGAAGAAUAUGAAAAGAAGGGCGAUUUGACAGGAGCUUCGAUUCUUCGGCACUAUAAUGAAAUACUAGUGUCUUGUAAUGCUCUUGAUUAUCAUGAUUUUAUCAACUCAUCCAUAACUCUUCUCACGAAGUUUCCAGAAGUAUACAAAGAGUGCCAGAACACAUGGCAGGCAAUAGUGGUUGAUGAGUUUCAGGAUACCAGUGCUAUGCAAUAUUUUCUUCUGAAGCUUCUAGCUUCUCACAAUCAUAUAACCAUAGUUGGUGAUGAUGAUCAGUCCAUCUUCAGUUUCAAUGGUGCGGAUGUUUCUGGCUUUGAUUCAUUCCGUAGAGACUUUCCAAAUCAUAAAGAGAUCAGGUUGAACAAGAACUACCGCUCUACACGGGCAAUUGUCGAAGCAGCAACAGCUCUUAUUCACAACAACACUAAACGGUGUAAUCAUAAACUUGCUGAGACAGACAACCCUUCUGGAAGUAAGAUCACUGUUAAGGAGUGCCAUAGCGAAGAUUCACAAUGUGCAUUUGUCAUUGACAAAAUCAUUGAAACUACAUCUAGUUCAGCUGAAGGCCGUGACUUCGGUAAAAUUGCUGUCCUAUAUCGAAGACAGAUAACUGGCAAAGCAUUCCAAGUGUCAUUCCGCAACAGGAAAAUACCCUUUAAUGUUCAUGGUGUGGCUUUCUACAGGAAAAAGGCCAUCAAAGCUAUUAUGGCAAUACUUAGGACCACGUUACCUGGUUGUGAUGAUGGCCCAUGGCGUCAGGCCUUAAAGACCCUUUUGCCUGGUGACAAGGAAGAAAAAAAGAAGAUUAUAGAUCAUGUGGAAAAGAUUUCAUUGGCUAGAAAGUGUAGCUUCAUAUCAGCUGCUACUGACAUCUUCAGUGCAAAGGUCUCCGGGACCUUCAAAAGGACCCAGAUUACUCAAGGGCGUAAGGUUUUAUCGACCUUGUAUAGCCUAUCAAAAUUUGUUGAGAGGGAACAAUCAGUUUCAGCUGUCAUUUCUUCUGCAGGAAAUAUGCUACCUCAGCAAUAUCUCCUUGAAAAGCGUGCAGUUAUUGAUAACGAUGGUGGUAAAUUGUUAAAUGAAGACAAUGACAUCAGAUCUGUACUUCAGUUUUUAAUGGAUGAUGUGUCUGACUUCUUGUCAACACACUUUUCUAGUUCAGGGGAUGCAAACCAGACUGAGGAGAAAGGCUGCACUGCUACACUUAAAGCCUUCAUUGAUUACAUUUCUUUGAGGGAAACAGAAAAUUUUCGAUCCCGAAAGGAGGAAAAUAAGAACUCCAUCACAUUAACAACUAUUCAUCAGUCAAAAGGUUUAGAGUGGGAUGUUGUGUUCAUCGUGCAGGCAAAUGAUUCAGAGAUCCCCUUACUGCACGAGUACAAUGGCACUGUGAAAGAAGCUGGAUGCACAUUGGAGGAGGAGAGGAGGCUAUUCUAUGUUGCAAUGACACGAGCUCGGAAGAAAUUGUACAUCUUGCAUGUCACAGUUGACUCUCAUCGCCAGCUGCUACUACCUUCACGUUUCCUUCGAGAGAUUCCAGGUCACCUUUUCGACAUACAGGGUGAGGGGCCUGCAACAAAAUAUCACGAGCAGCCUUCUGGAGACAUUUCAUUUGAUCACGCUGAAGGAGAGACAUCAACUGAAAAGCCUAUUGUUCAGAACGAAACUUCACCUUACCCUGAACUGAUGCAGUCAUGCCUUGCUAAUGAUUUCUUGAAGAGGUUCGAAAUUGAUGAUAGAGCAGUAGUCUCACAUAUAUUUCAUCAUUGGGCGAAGAGGCAGGCAUUUCAAAUUCCAAAGAGACUGCUUGAUAAGAUCAAAUUUGUGAUUGAUGAACGCCUGCGUGGUAAAGGAUAUAAGCGCAAGGAUGUCUUGUGCAAGCUGAAGUCAUUGUUAAGCGACGAUGAAGCGCUUGGUUACGCAGAAUAUGUUAUCAAGUGGGAACAAAUUCCAAUUGACAAGCGAAGCCAUUUGAUGAGAGAGAGACAGGAACAUUUCCAGAAGCAGAGGAUAGAGAACUCCAUGGGUUCCUCGGAGCCUACACCUAAGCAGAUAUCCUACCUCCGGAGCCUGGGGUGCACCAUAACACCCACGUCUCGUCUCCAUGCGUCCAAUCUUAUUGAGAAGUAUAAAUCGCUGUGACCCGUUCUGACGAGUUGAAGUCGCAGAGGAAGCCAAUGGAUAAACUAGCAGGCUCAGAAUUUUCAGGUUACUGAGCUGUGAUCGGCUAAGGUAAGUUAAACAUUCGUGCAGCCGGCACAUCAGGGUAAAAUAAUGAAAAAUAUCAAUAAUAGAUGAUCGGAUAAACUAGAUGACACGGUACUUGGUAGCUCAUGUACAUAAUAUGUGAAGUGCAGGAAAUGUUGUGAAUCGAUUGUGCACAUCAGGGUUAUAUAUACUUACUACUAGUAUGCAAGUGGUCGGAACUAGUGUAUAUAAUCUCUAACUGUUUCCUGCCCAA